AUGACCUCACGAGCCGCGGCGAACUCCCGCCUCAAUCAACUCUCCAAGCACCUCGACUCCAAACCAUUCUUCGAGCUGAACACACCCUUUUCGACGGAACGCAGCGGACAUCUAGAAGACGCACAAGGCAACCGCAUACAGCGCAAUAAGCCUCAAGAACUUAAAAAGCCUGAACCAGAGCAACUACCAAAGAAAGAACAACCACCCAAGAUGGCAUCCUCUCAGGCUCCCCACCCAGCUCUUAUGAUCCCCGGACCCAUUGAGUUCGACGAUGAAGUCCUCAAAUCCAUGAGCUUUUACAGUGAAUCGCAUGUUGGCCAGCCAUUCGUCAACUGCUUCAGCGAAGUUCUUCAAAACCUCCGCAAGCUCUUCCAGACCACUGACCCUGCCUCGCAACCCUUCGUCAUCUCCGGUUCCGGCACACUCGGCUGGGACCAGGUCGCCGCCAACUUGGCUGAGCCUGGCGAGGAGGUCCUCGUACUUCACACUGGAUACUUCGCCGACUCGUUCGCCGACUGCUUCGAGACAUACGGCGUCAAGGUCACACAGCUGAAGGCACCCAUCGGUGACCGACCACAACUUGACGAGGUUGAGAAGGCCCUCAAGGAGAGGAAGUACAAGAUUCUCACAGUCACACAUGUCGACACAUCUACCGGCGUGCUCAGCGAGCUCAAGGCAUUGAGCGACCUCGUUCACAAGGUCAGCCCCGAGACAUUGCUUGUUGUCGACGGUGUAUGCAGUGUUGGUUCUGAGGAGAUCCGCUUUGACGACUGGAAGCUCGAUGUCGUCCUUACAGCAUCACAGAAGGCUAUUGGGUGCCCGGCUGGUCUCAGCAUCCUGAUGGCAUCUGGCAAGGCGAUCGAGGUCUUCAGGAACAGGAAGACAAGACCCACAUCCUACUUCGGUUCAUGGAAGAACUGGCUACCAAUCAUGCAGAACUACGAAGCCAAGAAGGCAUCCUACUUUGCCACACCAUCACCUCAGCUCGUCCACGCUCUUGACACAGCACUCAAGCAGAUACUGUCGCGACCUCUCGAGCAGCGCUUCGCCGACCACAAGGCCGCGUCGAAGAAGAUCAAGCAGGCUGUUGCAGACUUCGGCCUGAAGCAGCUUGCCUCCAAGCCUGAGAACCAGGCCAACGGCAUGACCGCCAUUUACCUGCCCGAGGGCGUCACACCCCCUGACGUCCUCCCCAACCUGCUGAAGAAGGGUGUCAUCUUCGCUGGUGGUCUGCACAAGGAGAUCGCGACCAAGUACAUCCGAUGCGGACACAUGGGUGUCAGCGUAACAGAUCCUAACCGCAAGGACCUGACUAAGGCUAUUGAGAGCUUGAAGGAGGCGUUGACAGAGGUUGGCCACAAAGCAUAG